GGGAACAUGACGGAGUGUCCGGGCCACUUUGGCCACAUCGAGCUGGCCAAGCCCGUGUUCCACGUGGGAUUUUUGGGCAAAACCAUGAAAAUCCUGCGCUGCGUCUGCUUCUUCUGCUCCAAGCUGCUCGUGGACUCGGUGAGACCCCAAAAAUCCCUGAGGCACCCCAAAAGUUUGGGGGGGAGGGGUCGGGGCCACGGCGGCUGCGGGCGCUACCAGCCGCGCAUCCGCCGCUCGGGGCUGGAGCUCUACGCCGAGUGGAAGCACGUCAACGAGGAUUCCCAGGAGAAGAAGAUCCUGCUGAGCCCCGAGCGCGUGCACGAGAUCUUCAAGCGCAUCUCGGACGAGGAGUGCUUCGUGCUGGGCAUGGACCCCAAAUUCGCCCGGCCCGAGUGGAUGGUGUGCACCGUGCUGCCCGUGCCGCCGCUGUCCGUGCGCCCGGCCGUCGUCAUGCAGGGCUCUGCCCGCAACCAGGAUGACCUGACCCACAAACUGGCCGACAUCGUCAAGAUCAACAACCAACUGCGGCGCAACGAGCAGAACGGGGCGGCCGCGCACGUCAUCGCUGAGGACGUCAAGCUGCUGCAGUUCCACGUGGCCACCAUGGUGGACAACGAGCUGCCCGGCCUGCCCCGGGCCAUGCAGAAGUCGGGGCGCCCCCUCAAGUCCCUGAAGCAGCGGCUGAAGGGGAAGGAGGGUCGGGUUCGGGGCAACCUCAUGGGCAAACGCGUGGAUUUCUCCGCCCGCACCGUCAUCACGCCCGACCCCAACCUGGCCAUCGACCAGGUGGGCGUGCCGCGCGCCAUCGCUGCCAACGUGACCUUUGGUGAGACUGUCACCCCCUUCAACAUUGACAGGGGGACUUUGCUGCAGGAGCUGGUGCGCCGGGGGAACAGUCAGUACCCGGGGGCCAAGUACAUCAUCAGGGACAACGGGGACAGGAUCGACCUCCGCUUCCACCCCAAGCCCAGCGACCUCCACCUGCAGAUCGGCUACAAGGUGGAGCGUCACAUGUGCGACGGGGACAUCGUCAUCUUCAACCGGCAGCCCACCCUGCACAAGAUGUCCAUGAUGGGUCACAGGGUCAGGAUCCUGCCCUGGUCCACCUUCCGUCUGAACCUCAGUGUCACCACGCCCUACAACGCCAACUUUGACGGCGACGAGAUGAACCUGCACCUGCCGCAGUCGCUGGAGACGCGGGCGGAGAUCCAGGAGCUGGCCAUGGUGCCCAGGAUGAUCGUCACCCCCCAGAGCAACCGGCCCGUCAUGGGCAUCGUGCAGGACACGCUGACGGCCGUGCGCAAGUUCACCAAGAGGGACGUCUUCCUCGAGAGGGGCGAGGUGAUGAACCUGCUGAUGUUCCUGUCCACGUGGGACGGCAAGGUGCCCCAGCCAGCCAUCCUGAAGCCGCGGCCGCUCUGGACAGGGAAGCAGAUCUUCUCCCUGAUCAUCCCUGGCCACAUCAACUGCAUCCGCACCCACAGCACCCACCCCGACGACGAGGACAGCGGCCCCUACAAGCACAUCUCCCCCGGGGACACCAAGGUGAUCGUGGAGAACGGAGAGCUCAUCAUGGGCAUCCUGUGCAAGAAGUCCCUGGGGACGUCGGCCGGGUCCCUGGUGCACAUCUCCUACCUGGAGAUGGGCCACGACACCACGCGGCUCUUCUACAGCAACAUCCAGACUGUCAUCAACAACUGGCUGCUCAUCGAGGGUCACACCAUCGGCAUCGGGGACUCCAUCGCCGACGCCAAGACCUACCAGGACAUCCAGAACACCAUCAAGAAGGCCAAGCAGGACGUCAUCGAGGUGAUCGAGAAGGCCCACAACAACGAGCUGGAGCCCACCCCGGGCAACACCUUGCGGCAGACCUUUGAGAACCAGGUGAACCGGAUCCUCAACGACGCCCGCGACAAGACCGGCUCCUCUGCCCAGAAGUCCCUGUCCGAGUACAACAACUUCAAGUCCAUGGUGGUCUCGGGGGCCAAGGGCUCCAAGAUCAACAUCUCCCAGGUGAUCGCGGUGGUGGGGCAGCAGAACGUGGAGGGCAAGCGGAUCCCGUUUGGCUUCAAGCACCGCACGCUGCCGCACUUCAUCAAGGACGACUACGGCCCCGAGAGCCGCGGCUUCGUGGAGAACUCCUACCUGGCCGGCCUCACGCCCACCGAGUUCUUCUUCCACGCCAUGGGCGGCCGCGAGGGCCUCAUCGACACGGCCGUCAAGACGGCCGAGACCGGGUACAUCCAGCGGCGGCUGAUCAAGUCCAUGGAGUCGGUGAUGGUCAAGUACGACGCCACGGUCAGGAACUCCAUCAACCAGGUGGUGCAGCUGCGCUACGGCGAGGACGGGCUGGCCGGGGAGAGCGUCGAGUUCCAGAACCUGGCCACGCUCAAGCCCUCCAACAAGGCCUUCGAGAAGAAGUUCAAGUUUGACUACACCAACGAGCGGGCGCUGCGCCGGACGCUGCAGGAGGAGCUGGUCAAGGACAUCCUGUCCAACGCCCACAUCCAGAACGAGCUGGAGCGCGAGUUCGACCGCAUGCGCGAGGACAGGGAGGUGCUCAGGGUCAUCUUCCCCACCGGGGACAGCAAGGUGGUGCUCCCCUGUAACCUGCUCCGCAUGAUCUGGAACGCGCAGAAGAUCUUCCACAUCAACUCGCGGCUGCCCUCGGACCUGCACCCCGUCAAGGUGGUGGAGGGGGUGAAGGAGCUGAGCCGCAAGCUGGUGAUCGUCAACGGGGAGGACCCGCUGAGCCGGCAGGCGCAGGAGAACGCGACGCUGCUCUUCAACAUCCACCUGCGCUCCACGCUCUGCAGCCGCCGCAUGGUGGAGGAGUUCCGGCUCAGCGGGGAGGCCUUCGACUGGCUGCUGGGCGAGAUCGAGUCCAAGUUCAACCAGGCCAUCGCCCACCCCGGGGAGAUGGUGGGCGCGCUGGCCGCGCAGUCCCUGGGCGAGCCGGCCACGCAGAUGACCCUCAACACCUUCCACUACGCGGGGGUGUCGGCCAAGAACGUCACCCUGGGCGUGCCCCGCCUCAAGGAGCUCAUCAACAUCUCCAAGAAGCCCAAGACGCCGUCGCUCACCGUGUUCCUGCUGGGCCAGAGCGCCCGCGACGCCGAGCGCGCCAAGGACAUCCUGUGCCGCCUGGAGCACACCACGCUGCGCAAGGUGACGGCCAACACCGCCAUCUACUACGACCCCAACCCUCAGAGCACGGUGGUGGCCGAGGACCAGGAGUGGGUCAACGUCUACUACGAGAUGCCCGACUUCGACGUCAGCCGCAUCUCGCCGUGGCUGCUGCGCGUCGAGCUGGACCGCAAGCACAUGACCGACCGCAAGCUGACCAUGGAGCAGAUCGCCGAGAAGAUCAACGCCGGCUUUGGUGACGACCUCAACUGCAUCUUCAACGACGACAACGCCGAGAAGCUGGUGCUGCGCAUCCGCAUCAUGAACAGCGACGAGAACAAGAUGCAGGAGGAGGAGGAGGUGGUGGACAAGAUGGACGACGACGUCUUCCUGCGCUGCAUCGAGUCCAACAUGCUGACGGACAUGACCCUGCAGGGCAUCGAGCAGAUCAGCAAGGUGUACAUGCACCUGCCGCAGACGGACAACAAGAAGAAGAUCAUCAUCACCGAGGACGGGGAGUUCAAGGCUCUCCAGGAGUGGAUCCUGGAGACCGACGGCGUCAGCCUCAUGCGGGUGCUGAGCGAGAAGGACGUGGACCCCGUGCGCACCACCUCCAACGACAUCGUGGAGAUCUUCACCGUUCUGGGGAUCGAGGCGGUGCGGAAGGCGCUGGAGCGGGAGCUCUACCACGUCAUCUCCUUCGACGGCUCCUACGUCAACUACCGGCACCUGGCGCUGCUGUGCGACACCAUGACCUCGCGGGGCCACCUGAUGGCCAUCACCCGGCAUGGCGUCAACCGCCAGGACACCGGGCCCCUCAUGAAGUGCUCCUUCGAGGAGACAGUCGACGUCCUGAUGGAGGCAGCUGCCCACGGGGAGAGCGACCCCAUGAAGGGCGUGUCCGAGAACAUCAUGCUGGGCCAGCUGGCCCCGGCCGGCACCGGCUGCUUCGAUCUCCUGCUGGACGCCGAGAAGUGCAAGCACGGCAUGGAGAUCCCCAGCGCCCUGCCCGGCCUCGGCGUCGGCGGCCCCACCGGGAUGUUCUUCGGCUCGGCCCCCAGCCCCAUGGGGGGGAUGUCCCCAGCCAUGACCCCCUGGAACCAGGGGGCCACCCCGGCCUACGGCGCCUGGUCCCCCAGCGUGGGCAGCGGCAUGACCCCGGGCGGGGCCGGGUUCUCCCCCAGCGCCGCCUCCGACGCCUCCGGGUUCAGCCCCGGCUACUCCCCGGCCUGGUCACCCACGCCCGGCUCGCCGGGGUCACCUGGCCCCUCCAGCCCCUACAUCCCCUCCCCCGGUGGGGCCAUGUCCCCCAGCUACAGCCCGACGUCCCCCGCCUACGAGCCGCGGUCGCCGGGGGGCUACACCCCACAGAGCCCCAGCUACAGCCCGACGUCACCCAGUUACAGCCCCACCUCCCCCAGUUACAGCCCCACCUCACCCAACUACAGCCCAACCUCGCCCAGUUACAGCCCCACCUCUCCCAGUUACAGCCCGACCUCGCCCAGUUACAGCCCGACUUCUCCCAGUUACAGCCCCACGUCCCCGAGCUACAGCCCGACCUCCCCCAGUUACAGCCCCACCUCGCCCAGCUACAGCCCGACGUCGCCCAUUUACAGCCCGACCUCGCCCAGUUACAGCCCGACUUCUCCCAGUUACAGCCCCACGUCCCCGAGCUACAGCCCGACCUCCCCCAGUUACAGCCCCACCUCGCCCAGCUACAGCCCGACGUCGCCCAGUUACAGCCCGACGUCUCCCAGUUACAGCCCCACCUCGCCCAGUUACAGCCCCACCUCGCCGAGCUACAGCCCCACCUCUCCCAGUUACAGCCCGACGUCUCCCAGUUACAGCCCCGCCUCGCCCAGUUACAGCCCCUCCUCGCCGAGCUACAGCCCGACCUCUCCCAGUUACAGCCCGACGUCUCCCAGUUACAGCCCCGCCUCGCCCAGUUACAGCCCCUCCUCGCCGAGCUACAGCCCGACCUCUCCCAGUUACAGCCCGACGUCUCCCAGUUACAGCCCCGCCUCGCCCAGUUACAGCCCCUCCUCGCCGAGCUACAGCCCGACCUCUCCCAGUUACAGCCCGACCAGCCCCAGCUACAGCCCCACGUCCCCCAAGUACACCCCGACCAGCCCCAGCUACAGCCCCAGCUCCCCCGAGUACACCCCGACCUCGCCCAAGUACAGCCCCACGUCCCCCAAGUACAGCCCCACCUCGCCCACCUACAGCCCCACCUCGCCCGUCUACACCCCGACGUCGCCCAAGUACAGCCCCACCUCGCCCACCUACAGCCCCACGUCGCCCAAGUACAGCCCCACGUCACCCACCUACAGCCCCACGUCGCCCAAGGGCUCCACGUACAGCCCCACGUCCCCCGGCUACAGCCCCACGUCGCCCACCUACAGCCUCACCAGCCCGGCCAUCAGCCCCGACGACAGCGACGACGACAACUGAGGGUCAGCCUGCGGGGACGGGGGUGGCACCCCCCGAAAACCCCCUCAGGCCGUGGGGGUGACCCCCAGAUCCAUGUGGGAAUGGGGGUGUUGUUUCACCUCAAAAACCCCACAUGGAUAUGGGGUCGGGGUUGUUGUCACCCCAAAAACCUCACAUGGAUACGGGGACGGGGUUGUUGUCACCCCCAAACCCCACAGGCCGUGGGGGUGACCCCAAAAUCGAUUUGGGGAUGCGGUGGUUGUCACCCCCCAAACCCCCACGUGGAUACGGGGUUGGGGGUGUCACCCCCUGAACCCCCAAAUUCUGAUGGGGUCGAGGUUGUUGUCACCCCAAAACCCCACAGGCUGUGGGGGUGACCCCAAAACUUACACAUGAACGACAUUGUCACCCUGAAAUGGGGUUGGGGUUGGCACCCCCCCAAAACUCUAAACAGUCGUGGGGGUGACACCCGAAUUUCCAUGGAAAUGGGGUUGUCAAGCCCUAAACCCACAGGCGUUGAGGGUGACCCCAAUUCCCAACGGUGACGGGGUUGUCACCCCCAAAUGGAAAUGGGAUCGGGGUGGUCACCCCCAAACCCCAAGUUCCGGUGGCGACGGGGCUGUUGUCACCCCCCAGGCCCCCACAGACUGUUGGGGUGACCCUGAAAUUGGGGUGACACCAAAGGGUGGUGAUGGCUAAAUUUGGGGUCACCCCUAAAUUGGGGUCACCCCUGGAAUUUGAGAGACCCUCGAGAUUGAGGGGGAGCCCCUGAAUUGAACUGGACCCCAAAAUUCAGAGGGGGCAACCCCCAAACUGGGGCUGACCCCUAAACUGGGGGGGGAACCCUAAAUUGGGGUGAAACCCUUAAAUUGGGGGAGACCCCUAAAUUGGGGUGACACCCUUAAAUUGGGGGAGACCCCUAAAUUGGGGUGAAACCCUUAAAUUGAGGGAACCCCUAAAUUGGGGUGACACCCUUAAAUUGGGGGGUUGAUCCCCAAACCAGGCUCUGACCCUUGAAUUUGGGGUGACCCCCAAGUCGAGGGUGACCCCCCCCAGUUCAGAAGUGACCCCCAGUCCAGGGGUGGGGGAGGGGCAGGUGUGGGGACCCCCCCCGAUUUUGGGGGGUCUGGUGGGGAG